AUGCUAAACAUGACUGAGGGAUUUGUGUCCAUGCACCGGCCGUAGUGGACAGCUUGCGGCUGGAUUGAUAGAGUGACGUCAGCGCGCCGCUACCUCUCCCCGAGGGCAGGAUUAGUCGGGAGCAGCAGAGACAGCGCUCCGGUAAUCUCCCCGGUAAUAAAUGGGGGGGAGACGGGCACGUUCGGAACUGCAGGUACCAAGUGACACCCCAUGAGGCCCCCUGAGACUCCCGAGAAGAUCCCUGCGUUUGAAGCAUGAUGGGUCGCUUCGUGACGCCGCAGCAAACCAACCGGGCAGGUAAACGCAGCAGCAGCCUCACCUGCGAAGCCACAGCGGAGGACAGCGGAGCUCCUCAGCGGACACUUCACUGACUGACAGACACCGGGACAGAUAACCCUCAGCGUUAUUUUACCAUGGAGGAGAGCCGGGCAGAGUAACUUAACAGCAGCCUACAGUGUCCACAGCCAGACUGUCAGAGAGGAGAGCGAUCUUCACAAUGACCCGUUAAAUUCCUGCCGCCGAUGCUUUCUUUGGAGAGUGGAUUGACCAUCUCCUAACAGCAGAGGAGACGAGCAGAGAGGCCUUUUAAACGUUUAUUUCAGUCUUCAGAUGGACCGAGUGCCCUCGGCACUGGCCGCUAAGAUGCGCUGGAUCACGCUGGUGCUUGCCGGCUUGACUUUCUGGGGCAAAGUGACUAUUUGUAACUGUUUCGACUACGAGGAGCCAGACUAUGAUUAUUAUGAAGAGGAGAGAGCGGAGACCAUUGACUACAAAGACCCAUGCAAAGCUGCUGUUUUCUGGGGCGACAUUGCUUUAGACGAGGAGGACCUGCGCAUGUUCCAGAUUGACAGGACGAUAGACCUGACACAGCACACACACAUGCACACACACUCCCGGCAGGGGCACACAUCUGGUGGCCUGGAGGAACAUGAAAUUACUAAGAAGAGAGGAUCUUUAUAUCUACUGCUGGAGAGAAUACGUAGGUUUGGCUUUGAAUAUCUCCCCAAGAACUCCAGCAAGGGAGCUGCCACUUCCAAGAGCCAAACUGGAAAAGGUGGGAAAACUGGGAAUGUUGUGAAAAGCCGUAUUCCCCGAGCUGCCACAUCCCGAGCUGAGCGGAUAUGGCCUGGAGGAGUCAUUCCCUACGUCAUAGGAGGAAAUUUUACUGGUAGUCAAAGGGCCAUGUUUAAACAGGCCAUGCGUCACUGGGAGAAACAGACGUGCGUAACUUUCAUUGAGAAGACGGACGAGGAAAGCUACAUCGUGUUCACCUACAGACCUUGCGGGUGUUGUUCCUAUGUGGGUCGUCGUGGCAACGGGCCCCAGGCUAUCUCCAUAGGCAAGAACUGUGACAAGUUUGGCAUCGUCGUGCACGAACUGGGUCACGUCAUUGGCUUCUGGCAUGAACACACCCGGCCUGACCGUGACGAUCACGUGACCAUCAUCCGGGAUAACAUCCAACCAGGCCAGGAGUAUAACUUUCUCAAGAUGGAGCCAGGGGAGGUCAACUCUCUUGGGGAGCCAUAUGAUUUUGAUAGCAUCAUGCACUACGCCAGGAACACAUUCUCACGGGGGAUGUUCCUCGACACCAUCCUUCCAUCCAGAGAUGAAAACGGGGUCCGGCCUGCUAUUGGUCAGCGAACCAGGCUCAGUAAAGGAGACAUUGCACAGGCAAGGAAGCUGUAUAGAUGUCCAGCAUGUGGAGAGACACUCCAAGAGUCAACAGGCAACUUCUCGUCUCCUGGUUACCCCAAUGGAUACCCGUCAUACACACACUGUGUCUGGAGAAUAUCCGUUACACCCGGAGAAAAGAUCGUUCUUAACUUCACCACUAUGGAUCUGUAUAAAAGCAGCCUGUGUUGGUACGACUACAUUGAGGUUCGGGAUGGAUACUGGAGGAAAGCUCCACUGCUCGGCAGGUUUUGUGGAGAUAAAGUUCCUGACGUCUUGAUCUCCACCGACAGCAGGAUGUGGAUCGAGUUCCGCAGCAGCAGCAACUGGGUGGGAAAAGGCUUUGCUGCAAUUUACGAAGCGAUCUGUGGAGGAGAAAUCACAAAGGACUCAGGACAGAUUCAGUCUCCUAACUAUCCCGAUGACUACAGACCCUCCAAAGAGUGUGUGUGGAGGAUCACCGUGUCCGAGGGAUACAACGUCGGCCUCAGCUUCCAGGCCUUUGAGAUCGAGAGGCAUGACAGCUGCGCUUACGACUACCUGGAGGUCCGAGAUGGCCCUCUGGAGACGAGCCCUCUGAUUGGUAGAUUCUGUGGCUAUGACAAACCGGAGGAUGUGCGCUCCACCUCUCAUACACUGUGGAUGAAGUUUGUCUCAGAUGGGACGGUUAACAAGGCCGGCUUUGCUGCUAACUUCUUCAAAGAGGAGGAUGAGUGUGCCAAGCCAGACAAUGGUGGAUGUGAACAGAGGUGUGUAAACACUCUCGGCAGCUUCAAGUGUGCCUGUGACCCGGGCUAUGAACUAGCUCCUGACAAGAAGAGCUGUGAAGCUGCAUGUGGUGGUCUCCUCUCUAAGCUGAACGGGACCAUCAGCACUCCUGGUUGGCCUAAAGAGUAUCCACCCAACAAAAACUGUGUGUGGCAGGUGGUCGCCCCCACUCAGUAUCGUAUCUCCAUGCAGUUUGAGGCCUUCGAGCUGGAGGGAAAUGAGGUGUGUAAAUACGACUAUGUGGAGGUGCGGAGUGGCCUCUCGUCCGACUCUAAGCUACAUGGUAAAUACUGUGGCACCGAGGUUCCUGAUGUCAUCACGUCUCAGUACAACAACAUGAGGAUUGAGUUCAAGUCUGACAAUACUGUUUCCAAGAAAGGCUUCAAGGCUCACUUCUUCUCAGACAGGCUGGGUCUGUGUCAAGAGCGUAUGUUUGUGUUUGAGUCAUGCCAGGACAUAAAGCGUGGCCGCUCUCCCGUUCGUGGCCAUGUCAACAACAAGCUGGCAACCUCGUCAAAGGUCAGAGACAAAGAUGAGUGCAGCAAGGACAACGGCGGCUGCCAGCACGAGUGCAUCAACACAGUGGGCUCUUACGUUUGUCAGUGUCGCCAUGGCUUUAUACUGCAUGAGAACAAACAUGACUGUAAGGAAGCUGAAUGUGAGCAUAAGAUCCACAGCCCUAGUGGGACCCUGAGCAGCCCCAACUGGCCAGACAAGUAUCCUAGCCGUAAGGAGUGCACCUGGGACAUCACAGCCACGCCAGGACACAGAGUCAAGAUAACCUUCAAUGAAUUCGAAAUUGAGCAGCACCAGGAAUGUGCGUAUGACCAUCUGGAGGCCUUUGAUGGUGACAGUGACACAGCAGCCAUCUUGGGUCGAUUGUGUGGCAGUAAGAUCCCGGAGCAGUUGGUCUCCACCAGCAACAAGAUGUACCUCCGCUUCAUUUCUGACGCCUCAGUACAAAGGAAGGGCUUUCAAGCUACACACUCUACAGAGUGUGGAGGCCGCCUGAAGGCUGAAGUUCGUCAGAAGAACCUCUACUCUCACUCCCAGUUUGGAGACAAUAAUUAUCCGGGUCACACUGACUGUGAAUGGCUGCUGACAGCUGAACAGGGCUACGGCAUCGAGCUGAGCUUCAUUACAUUUGAGGUGGAGGAGGAGGCUGACUGUGGUUAUGACUACAUUGAGCUGUACAAUGGGUACGACGCCAACUCACAUCGACUUGGGCGCUUCUGUGGUUCAGGGCCCAGGGAGGGAAUUUACUCUCCCGGAGGUGCUAUGCUCAUCCGUUUCCAUAGCGACGACACAAUCAGCAAGAAGGGCUUCCACAUCCGCUACACGAGCACCAAGUUCCAGGAGAGCCUUCACACCAGGAAAUGACCUCACACGCAGCCCCGUGACCUCUGACCUCUGCGCAGCCCCACCACUGUUACCCUGACCUUCACCAUGGCAACGAGAAAAGUACAGCCUGUCCCCUCUUCUCGGACCCACAGACAGAAUGUGGACGUUCGCCAAAAAAGCCAUUGGAGGAAGACGAUACUUUAUGUGAACAUUGGUCCCCCUCCGUGGCUCCGUGCAGGUCAUUGCACUUCGAGAUGAAACCGGUAAAACAAUGAGAUAUAAAAAAAAAAAACGUGGGGGAAACAUGCUGACAAAUGAGUGACCCAUUUUCUCUGGAGGAGAUGGUUUUCAUCGCUGGAAACAUCAAGCUAACCCUCAGUGAGGACAGAGGGUUGCUGAGGAUCCGAAUCAGUUUACUGAGAUACACAUAAACACACUAGAUUCAUAUUCAGAAUUAUAAACUAACGGAUGCUUCGACCUAAAAGAAACUGCAUCCAACACGGGGAGUCUUUCAGGCUCCUUGAACUGUGCGACUUACUGUGAUCCGACGGCUGCUCAUAUCCACAGUAACUGAGAGGAAACAGACAUUUUUAUUGCCUUUGAUGCCUGGGAACCGGUCUCUUCAACCCAGCUCAGAACGGCUGCAGAUGAUUUUAUUUCAUGUCUUAUUGUAAAACCCAUGUGUGUUUACUGUGUGUGUGUCUGUGUGUACAGAGAAAAGAACAAAAACUAAAGGCUCGAGUCCGACAUUUGCCCUUUUUUUGCUUAUGCAGACAACCAUCAUGAGAUGGACAAAAAUAUAUAAAAAUGGAGAAUUUUCCAAAUGAUCUGUGAUGUUAAUGUUAAGCCUUGCAUUAUGUUGUGUAUGUGUCCACGCUUGUUUUUGAGUUUUGCACCAUCUUGUAACAAACCGAACAACUUCCAUGGAUGUUUCCAGUUUCCACCUCACCCUAAAAAAAAAAAAAAAAUACUUUUUUCAGUUGGAAGGGAAUAUUUUCACAGCUGUCUCUCGGAGUGACAUGAUUCUGAUUGAAGGAGAGAUUCCCAUGGUGCUAAAAAUAAAAAUACACUGAAUGACAGAUGACUGCGGAUGGAAGUAAAGGUUUUCAAUAGGAGACACAGUCAGCGUGCAGACAAGCACACUGCAGCAACAGCACUAGUCCUGUGGAACUACAAUAAUGCCUUAGAACCAAAAUGUAUGCUAUCGGAGGUCACUCCUAUGCUCUUGCACACGUGUCUUGUGUCAGCGGAGUGUUUUUAAAGGUUUUUUGGCAGCGUAUUUCAUUUGUUUGGAGAUCUUGAAUGGUUAUAUUGUAAAAAAAACAAAACAAAAAAACAUGGGAAAUGUAGUCUGUAUGUGAGAUAGAGAGUGUCAGUGGUGCAUGUGUGUUUGUGUGUCACUUUUGUAGCUGCUCUCAGAGAUACGUACACACACACACACUUACACAUCCAGAAAUACACACCUCAUUUGUGUACAUUUUCCCGGACACAUCUGAACACUUCCCUUUCUGUAUAUUUGGAGCGUAGCAGCUCAAAGUGCUGCAAAGUUGAAAUUGGUGCACACGGGUUGUUUGCAUCAUUUCUGUGUUAAAAUGCAAAUGUGUAAGUGUGUGUUAUAGGAGAUUAUAGAGAAAUAAUGUGUGUGUAUGUCUGUAAACUGUAUGUUUUUAAGUUGAAUCAUUCAUUGCUGUACGUGCCAAGCUCCAGGUGACCCUGAUCCACUGUAGUUUUUUGUUUUAUCAUUCCAACAAUGUGUCUGUAGCUCAGAGACACCGACAUGACGUCCUCUGCAUCAGUCAUUAAAUACACACAGGUAAAAACUACACGCAUCUGUGUGUCAUGGAUUAUUGCGAGUGAACUUAUGUUUUUAUAUCUGUUUAGACGAGACGACAAGUACUGUGCCGAGUGCCAAAUAUUGAUCCGUCAAUCAAAUCCUGGCAUUUUUUCCCUUUGUGAUAAUUCAAGUGUUUUCUUUCACGUGAUUAUUAUAUUCUGAAAGAACAUUUGAUGGUAUUUAAUGGUCUGUUGUAAUUUAUUACUCAGUUACCCAGUCAUAGUCACAUGGCAAAGGUGUAGUAAAAAGAAGCCACCUUAAAA